AUGGCCGACUUAGAUACAACUAACAUUGCUCAAUUUAAACCAGCAUUUUUAUUACAUUUUGAAGUUACUGAAGAACCAGUUUUCAUAAAUUCCAAUGAAUCAACUACUUUAAUUCAUGCUAAAAUUGCUAAAGGUUAUUCCAAAUCACUUGAUGAAAAGUACUCAUUUGAAACAGAAGCUUUAUUCGGUUGGGAUAACGUUAGAAUAAGAGCAGGUAGAGAUUCCAACAUUCAAGAUUUAGAUGCUCAAGUUUUCUUAAAAUCAAAGAAGAAUGGUGGUAUAAUUCAUUUAGAGUAUACAGGGGUUUCAGUUAAUAAUGAAAAAAGUGAAGCUAUAUUGAAAGGUGGUUCUGAAAGUAAUUCAUUCACUGAUGCUUAUAUUACAAAUCAUCCAAAAUUUACAUUAGAUUCUAAAAAUACAGAUGAACAAUGGGUUCAAGGUAGAAAUUUCUUAGGUAAAGGUAGACAUCUUAGAACCGAAGAUGGUAACUUUGGUAUUGAAUAUGUUGUUUACGUUUUAGAAUAA